CAGAGAUUGAUCACCCUGUGGCCAAUCAGCGAGCAGAGGAGGAGGAAACUCUGCGGUUCGGUUGUCUCGCGGUCGAUGACAGCUCGCGCGUGCUGAUGAUGGCGGUAAAUAAAAGCUACCCAAAAAUUGUUUUUUUUAUUGAAAUAUUUUUUUGAAUACAUCUAACAACGUUAUAUAGCGGCAUUCUGAUCUACAGCCCCGCCUGUUAUGACACGAGUUUACAGCCUUUAAAAGUUGAAAACGUUUUUUUUCUUUUUCUUUUGAAGGAAUGAGAAUUUUUUUUUUUUUUUUUUUUUUUUGGAGUGACCUCCUGUUGUUUUGGUUUAUGUUUUUAAAGUUUAUUUUAAAUUUGUGAUUCAGACCCGCGCUGGUGUUCAGCUGAAAGAGGGACAGGUUUUUUUUUUUGUUUUUUUGUUUUCUUCUCCUGGUACUGUUGUGGAUAAAGCUGAGCCCUGGAGCUGGAGUCGAGGAGAGUUUGUUAGCGGCAGUCUCUUUGUUCUGAAGGUGCUGGUUUGCUUUUGCAACGUGAAGAUGUGUCUCGGCCUGUUGAGCAGCGUGUUGUGAGCCACCCUGCUGGCUGAGAUGGUGACGGUUCAGUCCCCGGCGUCAGUGAGUACCGGGUCAGUGUCACAGAUGAGUUCUCGCGCAGAGGGGAGGUCGCAGUCCUGAUCAAGUGUAUGCAUUGCUGAGCGAUGGAUCGAUGCAAACACGUGGGCAGGCUGCGUCUGGCCCAGGACCACUCCAUCCUGAACCCCCAGAAAUGGCGCUGCGUAGACUGCCAAACCACAGAGUCAGUGUGGGCCUGCCUCAAAUGCUCGCACGUGGCCUGUGGGCACUACAUGGAGGAGCAUGCCCUGAAACACUUCCAGGAGUCGCGGCACCCGCUCGCCAUGGAGGUCCACGAGCGCAACGUCUUCUGCUACCUGUGCGACGACUAUGUGCUCAAUGACAACGCCGAGGGGGACCUGAAGCUGCUGAGGGGGGCCCUGAGCACCGUGGUGCGUGGCCCGGAGGGAGACCCCUCCAAGCCCAGCCGCCGCAGCCUGCGCUCCCUGGCCUCCGGGGAGAGCCCCAGCUCCCAGCCCCAUGGCGAGUCCGGCAGGCAGCCUGCCAUGCAGACAGCUCUGUGGCACCGGCGCCAAGCCCUGCUCAGCAAGUCCCUGAGAGCCUGGUUCGGGAAGAGCUCCCGGGGCCAGCAGCGGCUGGAGGAGGAGCGGAGGAAGCAGGAGCAGGAGAAGAGGAAGGAGGAACUGAGGCUGCGGAGGAUGGAGGUGAAGCAGCGGCUGCUGGAAGAGCUGGCCAGCUCCCCUCCUAGGAAAAGUGCCAGGCUGCUGACGCAGGCGCCCAGAGAGCACGCCAUCAUCCCCAGGAAGUUUCGGGAUCCCCCCGAGCGGACGCCCCUGCUCUCUCGGAGGUCGCUGGGCGGCGCUCGAAAGCGGCGGAGAUGCUAUCCCUCGUCUAGGCGGAAGGUGACCCCUGGGGUGACGGGUCUGAGGAACCUGGGGAACACCUGCUACAUGAAUUCGAUCCUGCAAGUGCUGAGCCACCUCCAGAAGUUCCGGGAGUGCUUCCUCACGCUGGACCUCUGUGAGACUGAGGAGCUCCUGGCCAAAACCUCGGGGGUCAACAAGUCCAGGGUCGUGAACGGGACCCCCCACUCGAACGGUGGGACGGGCCGCAAUGACAAGCCGGGGGGGCUGUCCGGCAGUAAGCAGAGCCUGCCCCCGAGCCUGAACGCGGCUGAACUGGUGCAGCCCAAAGAGCCGCGGUCCUCCCGGCAGAUGUCUCUGUGCCACGAGCUGCACACGCUGUUCAGGGUGAUGUGGUCAGGGCGCUGGGCCCUGGUCUCCCCCUUCGCCAUGCUGCACUCCGUAUGGAACCUGAUCCCGGCGUUCCGAGGCUACGACCAGCAGGACGCGCAGGAGUUCCUAUGCGAGCUGCUGGACAAGGUGCAGCAGGAACUGGAGUCGGAGGGGACCAAGCGCAAGAUCGUCAUCCCCUUCUCCCAGAGGAAGCUCACCAAGCAGGUGCUGAAGGUCGUCAACACCAUAUUCCAUGGGCAGCUGCUCAGCCAGGUGACCUGCUUGACCUGUAACUACAAGUCGAACACAGUGGAGCCGUUCUGGGAUCUGUCCCUGGAGUUUCCGGAGCGCUAUCACUGUGUGAAGAAGGGGGCCGCAGCCACUGCCUAUCACAGCGACUGCACGCUCACGGAGAUGCUGGCAAAGUUCACAGAGACCGAAGCUCUGGAGGGGAGGAUUUAUGCCUGCGACCAGUGCAACAGUAAAAGGCGGAAGUCGUCCCCAAAGCCUCUGGUACUCGCGGAAGCGUGCAAACAGUUACUGAUCUACAGGCUACCUCAGGUCCUGCGGCUGCAUCUCAAGAGAUUCAGGUGGUCCGGUCGCAAUCACAGAGAGAAGAUUGGCGUGCACGUGACGUUCGACCAGGUUUUGAACAUGGAGUCUUACUGCUGCAGGGACUCUCUGUCCUCGAUCCACAGGGAGAGCUUUACCUACGACCUGUCUGCCGUCGUCAUGCACCACGGCAAGGGGUUCGGCUCAGGACACUACACCUCGUACUGCUACAACACUGAGGGGGGUUUCUGGGUUCACUGUAAUGACUCCAAGAUGAACGUGUGUAGUGUGGAGGAAGUGUGUAACACCCAGGCCUAUAUCCUCUUCUAUACUCAGCGAUCAGUGCAGCAGACCAGCGUGGCUUGAACCCAGAUCCACACUCCUAGACUCAGGGCUGUAGAAAAACAUGCCGACCAGGACUGUUUCCAACAUGCACCUAGGAACAGCCUGCCAUGGUGUCUUAAAUCAAGCUCCUUGUGCAACUGAAUUUCACUGCUUAACCACCAAAAACAACCGGAGCCCGAGGCACACUGACAACGUGGCCCACCGAUUUUAGCCCAGGGAAUCUGUAGGGAGAGUGGGCCACUGGUAUAAACUGUGGCCUUAGCUAGAGGAGGCAGUGCUCCCCAAUUGAUAUCGCUUGGGAUAGUGGUUUAGAUGAGGGGUAGAAGGCAUUGCAGCCAAGUGACAGAAAUAUCCACACAAAAAAAACACCAGUCUGCAGCAAUCAGGUAUUUUUAAAUUCAUUGUUGCACAUCAAUCGAUUUCUCUUGGGGUUCAGUGAUAUCUGUAGAAUACAGAGGUUUAUCACUCUCUGGCAUGAGUAACAAAAUCUCACCCACAGGGUUUACUAUUGAAUGUGCUGGCUCCCAGAUCUGCAGUACUCGGUUCCCUAUGCUGUGCUAUGAUAUACUGUACUGUAUUGAGUUUGCUAGCUGUCUGAUUGCUGGUCCUGACUUCACUAUACUGCAUUGAAUUUGCUGGCUCUCAGAUCAACACUACUGAGUUUCCUUUACUGUAUUGAAUUUACUUCUUCAUUUUCGGUUAGAAUAAAAAAUGCUCAACAAAUUAAGAAUCGUGCUUGCCUGGGCUGAGAUUAAAUGGUAUUUAUGGCACGGCAGCAUCGUUGCAGAGUUUUACAUUUACAAAGUAUCUUAGCUGUGGGUUUGAUUUGCAGUUAAUUUGUUUUGUUUCUUCCUACUUACUUAAAAGCUGCUCCAAGGAUACCAGCGCCAUAAUCGCAACGUAUUCCCAGCCCGAGAGUGAAAAUAGCCUGAGACCUUUAGUUAAAAUGCUAGAACAUUGUGCUGUACCGGAGCACUGACUGUGUCUUGCCCGUUUUCAUGAAGAUUUCACAUACCUGACUCCAGGUGUGGGUAUGGAACGAAAGCACACCAGUGUAAGACAAGCUUUAGUGAAAAGAACUACAAUACCGUGCAGGUACAACCAAUCAGGGCCUGGAAUAGCAGCCAUAUUGACAUGUGCAGCUUGUAUGAAGUACUUUAACCUCAAGGCAAAAAACCCCCAAAAAAACAGCAUUUCAAGCACUGCCUUGGUUUAGGGCUUCUGUGUCCUUACAGAUUGCUUGAAUAGUCUUGGAUUGAUAACACGUCCCCUGGAGGCUGCUUUGUGUACUUCUGUUUGUGUGACGAGUUGCAGUACAGUGUUACUGCAGUAACAUUACAAUACCCUCCAGUAAAGGUGUUGUAUUGGUGAUCUCAGCAGGCUGCUUCUUAAAUGUUUUCUCUUCCAUUUGAAUGCAGAAGGGUAUUUCUUUGUGCUCCUUUGCAGCUCUCAUUAUUGGGUACACACAGUCAAGCACAGAGACACACUUCCAGCUUGUUGAUAUAAAUCCUAGCCUAUUCCCUCAUUCAGCAGCAUGAAUAUUCGUUUGAGAGCAGUUGCUGGUUGUCAUGCGUUGCUGUUUUGCGCAUAGAAUUGUUUUUAGUGAUCUAGACCCAGAAACUUCUUGCAGCCGCACACGGGAGCAAAAUAAACCCUGCUGAAUGUGUUACUUGUUUCUGGGGAGGGAGGAACUGUCUGUUUGCAAGGAGUUUAGACAAUGGGAAACCUAAUGCUCCCAGCUCCUUAUCCGUUAACAGUUCUAACUGGAUAAAACCCUACAAUCAAACCAAGCCUGGCGUAUUUCUAUAAAGAGUGAGAUUUGAUACACAUCUUAACAGAUCUGGUUCUUUUUUUUUUAAUUUGUUUUUUAUAG